AUGAUCAUACAGGACGAAGACGACCUCCUAAAGUCAAAGGAUCCUCCCGUCACAACUCCCGCCCUUCGUUAUCCAGAGCGCGCGGCAGGCCGUCGUCCAUUCAGUCCCCUGCCUGACUAUGAAACUUCACAGGCAUUGGCUUUAAAUGUUCUGAACAAUGACUCCUUGAUCACUCUUUACAAACCUCCUCCAAAGCGGCGCCUUAUCGACUCCAGGUCCUGGAGGGCUGGCAUAAUUGCUUUGGGCUUGUAUAUUAUCCUUUCAAUCAUCAUUGGCAUCCCCCUCAUUGUUAAGAAAUAUCAGGACGACGAGCAACCAUUCUACCCCUCUAACUAUGUCGUUCCUUGGAUACCAAAGACCCCUACAUCACGCUACGUCACGAAUAUCAACAACUUCUCGAACUUCCCUGCCAAUGGAGUUUCACCUGUCUGCAACGUAUGGGCAACUAUCGGACAACUCGACGACGCGCAAAAUUCUAUUGUUGGAGAGGUUCUGAAUACCGUAUCAUCCGAUGGUCGAUUCAGCAUCACGUCGAAUGCAUCGUAUAUGAGCAACAUGAAUGUUGUCCUGGGUGAUUUGUUCGUCGGCAUAAACCCCAACACCUCCGUGACCAAUACAACCAUAUCGGUCAGAAUGCAAGCAUCCAAUGUUGACCUCUUUGACCAGACACUGGUUUGCUUUACAUUGUCGAACAACGCCACUGGCCUUGCUAUUUAUAUACCAGAUAACAUGUCCUUCAACGAUCAACUGCUCUUUAACAUCACACUGCUGUACCCACAAUCACCUAUAACUGCUCAAGUUGACGCUUUUGCUACCUACCUACCUUUGUUCGCCCAAACGUUUGGCGAUUUUGGUAACUAUGUCAAUUUCGGGAGAGUUUCUAUAGAAGGUCCUAUUUCCAGAAUUUUUGUCAGUUCUAUCGAAGCCAACCACAUACUGGUUGAAACAUCCUUAGAGUCAAUUUUCGGUCAGUUUGCGGCUUCACGCACCCUUUCUGUGAGCACGAUACAAGCCCCUAUCAAUAUUAACGCCUCCCUCUUCAAUGAUCCUGACUUGAUGUUCCCAACAUAUCUUGAAGUCAGCACUGGCAGUAGCAACUUGACGGCCAACGUCACGCUGAACGCGCCCAACAGAAGUCCUCCCCAGCGUCCGAACUUUGUUGCGAAUAUGCGUACUUUCUAUGGCCAAGCUACGGCGAGCUUCGUACACGAUCCGGCAUCACCACCAACAGCUAUAAAGUUGCGCCUGGAGAAUGACCUUGGUCCAGUCAAUGUCAUGUUUGAUCGCUACUUUCAGGGCCUUUUUCAAGCCAAUGCAAAACUAGGCAUUGUGUCAGUGAUCCAGGGCACUGCCUCUUCUUUGGAUCCGUUCGAUCCAACUUUGGGUCGGAACUUUUUAUUGAAUUACGUUUCUGACACACGGACAUAUGGCUGGAUAGGCUGGGGACCAAACUCAUGGGACUUCCUCCAGGAACAGAUUGGUGAAGUGGUCGUAGAGACCUCGAUCGCAAAUUGCACUCUGUUUUUUGACGGUUGA